AUGGACGCGAGUGGCGACGCCACAGGACGGCAGAGUAACACAACAGUGGCUCGGAGCGCCGUGCACAUGUCGCAGCGGGUUCAUACGUGUCGGGGCUGCGCUCUCCCAGCGCACGCGCCUUGCUUAGUCUCCGAGGGCACACCGGCGUCAGGUGGCACGGCGAGGGCGGCGCGUGCGAGUUACAUGCGGACGUCGGGAUUCUUUGGCGCCGCAACUAAAACCGGUAAAAUUCAACUCCGACGCACAACACUCUAA